GUGUGACGACUGACUGACUGACUGACUGACCAGAGGGCACGAAGAGCAGCAGACUGGUGCGUGCGUGGCCAAGGGGACUGACUUUAUCCGGUGGCCUUUCUCUCUUCGGAUCAAUAAUCCUGAUAACGAUGCAGCCUCUCGCCGAACGAUUGCAACACCUUUACGCAGACAGACAGACAGACAGAGAGCUGUCCCCAUCAGUCAGUCAGUCAGCGCUAUCACGUGUGUGUCAAACCAUAGCCAGGCAGAAACGCAUCAGCAUCAAACAGACGAGGGAUGGCUGGAGGGGUGGGUGACAGGCCAACACAGUCGCUUCGUUCAACAGACGCAUGGCAGAAAUCUGCCGCUCAUCGAAGGUGAGUCGUGGAGACCAAGCACACACGCAGCCAGGAAUCGUGAAAAAACAGACCUGAUCAAAAUGUCCCUGUGGACAAGAGGCACCCCGCACCCUUGAAAUCAGUCUGCCCAUCUCUUCGUUCACACGAACACGCAGGCACACAGGAAAGAAACAAGCCGCCGCCACCAGCUCGCCUCUCUCUCUCUCGCCGCUCGCCUCUCUCUCUGCGCGUGUCGGCCGCUGGGUGGAUCGGUCUGCUUGUCUACCUACGCCGAAGUGGAUUGGUUCUUCUCGAUGUAGCUGACGGCGUCGGCGACGGUGACGAUGUUGGUGGCCUCCUCGUCGGGGAUCUCAAUCCCGAACUUCUCCUCAAAGGCCAUGACCAGCUCCACGCUGUCAAGACUGUCGGCUCCCAGGUCCUGCACACAGACAGACAGACAGACACCCAUCACACACAGAGAGAGAGAGAGAGAGAGACAAAUCGACUGCAUGCCCGUUGGUCAUGAGUCAUGGUUGGUUGUUGUGAUGACGUGCGCACCUGCACGAAGUUGGCGGAGUCGGUGACCUUCUCCUUGUCGACGCCAAGCUGCUCCGCCACCAGGUCCUUGACACGCUCAAGCACCUCCGGCUCGGCCCGCAGCACCAGCAGCGACUGAUGGGUGGCGGGGCGAUACCGCAGACCUCCACGAAGCACCACAGAAGGGGCGGGCGCCACAAACGCUGCACACACACACACACACACACGCGCAGAUCAGGUCACAUCAGAGACCGCGCUGGCUGCAUGAGCCGCGCAUCUAUGUCGGCGUGCGUGUCUUGUCUCCACCUGUGCAUCUGAUCUGAUCUGCCGUCGCGUGCGGGUGUUGAGUGAGCAUACCGCUGCUGAGGGUGACGAGUGCAGCGAGCACAGCGCCGAAGAGGGCGGUCCUUCUGAACAUCAUGGCGACUCGGCUGCCUUCAGGAAGAGAGUGACGAGGGCUGAU